AUUUUAUAUCACAAUCAAUUUGAAAGAACAAACUUCUUAUGGUGCUUUCUUUCUUUCUUUAAAUUGAUUUAGUCAUUAACGUGGUCAGUUUUCAUCUUAGUCCACUAAUCUAGUCACCAUCCGUUUUAAGUGACAACAACCAACAGGUGAAAUCUUUUUUGGAAAUUGGUGACUGGUUUUCUCUUUAUAAAAAGCUGAGGUUUCUUCAUGACAUGGACCAACUCAUACAAACUAAAGCAAUAAACAUAUAUCACUUAAUCAGCUGUAAUGGUUCGCGCAGAGAUCGAAACCGGAGCUCCUUUCAGGUCUGUUAAAGAGGCCGUCACUCUCUUCGACGAGAGAAUCCUUCUCGGAGAUAAUUACGUAGAGAAGAGGCGUUCGGUNAAUAAAAGCAUCCAAGAAGAGCUGGUUGAAGCGCAGGAGAGUCUUAAGAAAGCUGAGGAAGAGAACAAGGUUUUGUCUCAGCUUAUCGAAACCCUCACACAAGAGCUUGAAACCACUAAGGAAAAGCUUAACCACUCACUCAGAAAAUUCCCAGAACAUCCUCAAGUCGAAGAUGAUGACCUCAAAUUCAUAGAGGAAUCCACGGUUAACGAACGCGACAACAUAACCGAGAUCAAGAUGAACCGGUAUGUCCAAAAUGAAGUGUAUGAUGAUCGUCUGGAGAAGAGGCGUUCGGUGAAGUUUGCGAACCCACCAUUGUUGACAAAGGUCAUUGUGGGAAAAGAGGAGAAAAGCAAAGCUAUGGUGAAGAAGCAGACAAAGAAGAUGAAGCAAUUAGCUCCAUUGGCUUCUUGGCUCUUUGCAAGAAACCGGUCUAGUUAACCACUUUAGAGAUCCGCAUCUCGUGUUUACUUAUGCGUGCCUUACGAGUUAAAGAAAUAAUAUCCCCAAAAUUCAUUGUUUUUAAUUUUGGGGGAUUCAUUCAACUUAGAUUUUGUUACAUAUUACUAAACAAUUAAUUACUUAUCCACAAAGUCUUGUUGGGAUAUAUAUUAAAUUUUGAUUUUAAACGAGAGUUUUGUGAA